AUGAACACAACAAAUUUCGGGAGAGAAGCAUGGGAUAGUGAUUCCCACACAUCUGCCCGAAGGGCUGCCAGCAAGCGGAAUUCUAGGUCGUUCACAUCACGUGUGUCUCGGCAGAAGAGUAGGAGACGGGAACUUCUGGGACGACAAGCAAAAUUAGACACAAGCUUCACUAGACACAAGGGCGAUACACCGCACCAGGUGUUUCCUGAGCAUGAGGCGCAUGGCAACGGACUGGCAAGAAAACAAAGCUGGUUCAGUGUCGGGCGUUCAUCUACCAAAUUCAAAGGGCUGGGGAUCACGAAAGGCACCCCUCAGCCAGAGUUCUCACAUCGGAGACUUCCAAGCAUUGACCAUGAGCCUAAGACUGCGGACUCACUGGCUCCAGCUCCAGGCACUGGAACGUGGAACGAGAUCUCCCCGUGGGACCGACCUAUACCCAUUGGCAUCACUGUCCCCACAGACAGUGUUUCUGAUUUCAGUCCAUAUCAAGGAACACGCCAGCGAUCAGGAAGUGACAUCACCUUGGCCACACCUAGCAUCAUCAUCACGCCUGCCAUGCCAAUGCAAUCAGUCUGGUCGCCGGAUACACCGUACACUGAAUCAGACUACACGCCAAGUGUAUAUUCCCGUAACACGUUCAACUUUCAUACCAUGGACCAUAACGUACCUCCCGUACCUGCUCUUCCUCUGGGGAUAGUCGGAUCUUCAGGCGCACUCACGAACAUUAAGCCCGCCCCGGAUUCGCCAACGCACAACAGGAAUGACACACUUGACUCCAAUGGAACGGCGUUCGAGGAGUACGACGAUGACGCGCAACGAAAGAACCGCGUCAUGUCAAGCGACACCUUUUUCGAAGAGGAUGAGGCACCUUUGCGUGAGAGGACGGUUGAGACAUCUCUAGUGGUUGAUACAUCGCUCUUACCGACACCAAGACGUUCACAGGGUUGGUGGAACGUCAUCACAACGCCGUUUGUCGCAACGCCGUUAACCGGAACGUGGCCCAAGGACGACCAAAACAUUCCGAGAACACCUGACGUGCCAAGUUUGCCAGCUCAGUACAGUCAGAAUAAAGGAGCGCCUGCAUCGUUGCCUGCUGAUAGCUGGACGGCAGUGGAGACGUCUUACGCAGACCGCACUUUGCCUUCUAAAGGGAUGUUACCUAACGGAAGCCAACAAACAGCAGCAACGCCCGACCGCAGUGUGACCUCGCCGCUAUCAGCAAUGUCUGCAACCCCUGUCGUCAGCACAGCAGCUAUGGCGACAGUCCUGAUGCCACGUCAGAUAGAAGAAGCACCCCGACCGAUCAACAUCAACAUCGAGCUGCAAGAUCGGCGGCCGGAUGUCAAUGUCCAGCUAUUGAACGCCAACUCGCAGCCAGCGAUGCAACAGAGCCACACAUCCUGGCCAGCACCACGGUUGCAGGGCGUAGGAUCAUACGCUUCUAGGUCCAACAGCCCUUCUUCAAAUCUGCCUACGUUCGCACCACCGCCAACGUUUGCUCAGAAAAGCUCUCAUUUCAGCUAUGACAAUGGAAGCCGAGCAAGUUCACCAGCUUCUACACCGGACCUGAAGCGAGAAAAGAAGCAUCGAAAGGUGUUCGACAUGAAGACUUUGCUGCUAUGUCUGAAGCGAAAGCAGCAAGAGAAGCCGGACGAGAAGAAAAAGAAGAAACGGGGCUGCUUCUUCUGGUGCUGUGGGUGCUGCCUAAUCUUGGUUGUUCUGCUUGCGAUUCUCAUUCCCAUCAUCGUUGUCUUUUCGAGAAAAAAGGACGAUACAACCCAGAUCACACCCAUCGCAACUCAGCCAGGUGGUGAGUCGACUUCAUCAACUCCCGAGUGGCUGACCUUGACGAACCUUCCUCCUAUACCUACCGGUGUCUUAACUAUUGCUCAACCUGAGGCGGCGGCGGAGGAGAGUGGAUGCGUUGCACCUACUACUCUGUGGAGCUGCGCACUUCCCAAGGAGCUGCAAGACUCAGUGAAGCCCAACAAGCCAGAUCAACCGAACUUCAAGAUCGAGAUCACGUUCGACAACAGUAGCUCAUCGACGCCUCCGAAGACACAGACUACGAAACGAGCUGCGAACGCAGUCUCAGUUCGCGCUUUCAUUCGAGAACGCUUUUUGAACGCCCGCUCAGUACCUUCGCCAUCUCCUGCGCCUCCAAGUAGUGACGAUAUGGUGUUUCUGGGAAAGACGACAGAUGGGAAUAGCGCUCCUUUUGAUGGCGAAGAUACACCCUUGUUCAUCUCCUUCCAGGAUCCAAAAGCUACUGCAUCUCGUCUCGCCAAGCGUGCAAGCAGUGAUCCUACGAACAUCACUGCAACCAUCCCGGCACCAAUGGUCAACUCAGAUGGCACUGCCGCGCCGGCAAAUCUGCUUCCUUUGCCUUCCACGCAGCCACUCCGGUUGUACAACCGUGGCAAGGACGACGAGCACUAUGGCUUUUACACGUACUAUGACCGAUCGAUCUUCUUGAAGCAAAUUAAUGGAACGAAUCGCGGUGGCAAUCCCGCGGAUACGGAUGGCGGUAGCACGGAAGAGGCUGCAACGCUCCGAUGCACCUUCUCCGAGACGCGUUUCCUGGUUCAGAUUUGGACGCGCAGUCAGUCGAACAGGCCACUCCUGCAGAGCUCCACACAAAGCGGCUCAAGCGACCUGAAGCGACCAGGGACCUUCCCGUACCCAGUCACAGUCACUAUUGACCGGCACGGUGGUAACGCUGCAAAGAAGAACCUCUACUGCUACCAGAUGGAGAACGAUGGCACCAUCAAGAAUGACGCCUCGAAGCGCUCAUUCCAAUUCGAAGAUCGCGCAUUUGGAGGCAAUCUCGUAAAUGGCACGCAGGGCCGCCCCAAUGUAUCAGGACCCAUUGAUGGAGGGUCCGGAGGAUGCUCAUGCAAGUAUCAAAACUGGCUGGACUGA